AUGGCAGAUAAAAGUCCUUUUGAGAACCAAAAAGUGAUCAAUGAAGAAGAAGAAGAGAAAAGAAUAGAACAUUACUCUUCAUAUCAUCAAAUACUAUUAGUUGGUGAUGGCGAUUUCUCUUUUUCUCUUUGUUUAGCUCACUCUUUUGGCAACGCUUCUAAUAUUGUUGCUUCCUCUCUUGACUCAUAUGAUGAGGUGAUCAAAAUGUACAAGAAUGGAAAAUCGAACUUAGAAAAGUUGAAAUCUUUGGGAGGAAGUAUAUUGCAUGGUGUGGAUGCUACUAAAAUGCAGCAUCAUUAUGAUCUUAGAACCAGGAAAUUCGAUCGGAUUAUUUAUAACUUUCCUCAUGCAGGGUUUUAUGGCAGUGAAGAUAAUAAUCAUCUUAUCCAAAUGCAUAGGAAUCUUGUGGAAAGUUUUUUCGGGAGUGCCAAAAGAAUGUUGCCAGUUGAUGGUCAAAUUCAUGUUACCCAUAAAACGACUCCUCCAUACGACCAUUGGGAUCUUGUUGGACUUGCAUCAAAAAACUCCUUGUUUUGUAUCGAAUGUGCUGAAUUCAAGAUUGAAAACUACCCUGGUCACAACAAUAAGGGCCUUACCUUCAAGUUUAUAUUAAACCCAUCUCGUAAGAAUUUUCCAAGAACAAAACCAAAGCAACGCUAUUUACAUGCACCACUUCAAAAAUUUCAAGAAAUUCCCAACUCCGUAAGUCCUCCAGUUUACUCCGUCCAGCAGCAACUAAGUUGGAUCGACACUAGAAAUUCUCCAACUUACGUCAACGACAUGAAUGGUUUUCCAAGUUAUGCCAGUUUACCUGCAACGCAUGAUCCCAGAAGUGAUUUUUUUAAGAUCUUCAAGGGGUAUUUCAGUUACAUUCAAGAAACAUUUGGAAGAGAGGACGUUGAUGUUGAAUUUUCCGUUCGUCAAGCUAUACAUCGUGGUGCUUUAAUGUUCAUUGCUGAGACUGGGAGGCCCUCUGAAGAUUACUUGAAAGUUCUGGACGAGCUUCAUUUUUGGAGCCGGUCAAGAAUUCUGGGGUUAAAACAGAAGUUGCAAGAUCUUGAUCAAAGGGUGUUUGAGCAACAGCGUAUGGGAUAUUACCUAUAG